GUAACAAGUUCAAUACGACAGCGAGCGUCGGUCAGUUUUAAUCAAACGCUCAGCGCAAUCAGCUCGCAAAGCUGCUGUUAUCACAAACAGUCGAUUAUCAUCUCGCGUGCCGCGGUAUUAUCAUGUUGGAGUUUUUACUCUCUAUCGUAGCGGCGGCGAUUGCGCUGGCAAAGUUCAUAAUUUCGGGUAAAUUGCUCAAAAUAUUUCCUCCGCCGGUUCGUCCAAUCGUUGAAGUCAGCCAAGGGAAACUCCGCGGAGUGACCACAACCCUACCGAAUGGAUCGACCUAUCACUACUUCAAGGGGGUGCCCUAUGCGAAACCACCGGUUGGAGAACUUCGCUUCCAUCCACCGGUUCCUAUUGAAAAAUUCUACAAGCCUGUGGUGGAUUGUUUGGUUGAUCGCAGUGUUUGCAUGCAACCAAUGGGAAGGUUCGUCGUGGGAAAAGAAGCGGGACUUUAUCUGAACGUGUUUACGCCGGGUUUGUCGGUUGGCGAAGUCACCGAUGCAGCAAAGUACCCAGUCAUGGUAUGGAUUCACGGGGGAGCUUUUAUGUCUGGCAGUAACAACAGCUUCAUGUACAAUCCACUCCAUUUAGUGGAAGAAGGUGUCGUUGUCGUUACUUUGAACUAUCGUCUCGGGGCGUUGGGUUUUCUUAGUUUACCCAGUGCUGGCAUCACAGGUAACGCUGGAUUGAAAGAUCAGUUGUUAGUGUUCAAAUGGGUAAAGCAAAACAUUUCACGGUUUGGAGGAGAUUCCGAAAAUAUUACUAUUUUUGGGGAAAGUGCUGGCAGUAUGUCCGCUUAUUUGCACUACCUAUCGCCAAAUUCGAGGAAAUAUUUCCACAAAGUUAUUUGCCAAAGCGGUGUUGCUUGUUCAGAGUCGUUCUUCCAAGUAGAUGCCGCCAAUAAAGCUCGCAAGCUUGCGAAAGUGUUUGGAUAUGACGGAAAUGAUGACUCGAAAGUGCUUGAAACACUUCUCAAAACACCAGCCAAAAUGCUAAUAAAGCAUCAAGAUGACGUGGCAACAGACUUCGAAAAACGUCUUGCUUUACAAAUGUUUUUCAGACCGGUCAUAGAGAAAGCCAUCUCAGAAGACAGCAUCAUCACUGAAUCACCGGAGAAAAUUUUGAAAUCGUUCGAUACCAUUAGAAUGCCCUUGAUCAACGGAUGCACCGACAGCGAAGGGAUUCUUGGUAUUUGGUUCAUUAGGAAGCGAUUGAAAGAUUUUGUCCAAAACCCGGAAAGCUUGGUUCCGCAACUGUUGGGCAGUCCUCCCGGCCUCGACAGGAAAACAGUUGGCAAAGAAAUACAGCAGUUCUACUUUGGAAACGAUCCUCUAGGAAAUGAAUCGCUCAAUGCGCUUUGCAACGUCAUGUCUGACAACAUUUUCGUGACCAACACGAACGUGAGCGCAGAAUGGAUAGCCAAAUAUCAGCCCAACGUAAAACAUUACCACUAUCGGUUUUGCUGUGAUGGGAAAUUAAACUUCACGAAAAAAAUGUUCCGUUUAAGUCAAGUAAAGGGGGCUUCCCAUGGAGACGAUCUUUUUUACUUGUUCCAGUCGAAAUUUUUGCAUCAACUGCCAGAAUCCAGUGAUGAGUACCGAGUGAUAAGGACGAUGAUACGUAUGUGGACAAACUUUGCCAAGUACAGCGAUCCAACGCCGGACAGCCAUGAUCCGCUGCUUCCGUUCAAGUGGACUGCCAUGCGGAACUUUGACCGAAAUACUGAUCAGUUUGAUCUGGAUUCUUUGAAAAUCGAUGUAAAAUGUGGAAUGGAAAAGAAUCCAUGCAAAGAGCGUAUGGAGCUAUGGAGAGGAUAUUUUAAGAAAUAUCGAGAGGGUUAUUUGUACAAUGUGUAGAAAAAAAGUUAAUAAAUUUGUUUUGUUUAAAA